AUGGCGGUCGGUAAAAAUAAAGGCCUAUCGAAAGGCGGCAAGAAAGGAGUUAAAAAGAAGAUUGUAGAUCCCUUCACAAGGAAGGACUGGUACGAUGUUAAGGCACCGUCAAUGUUCACCAAAAGACAAGUGGGAACCACCCUUGUCAACCGUACCCAGGGAACCAAAAUUGCUUCGGAAGGCUUGAAGGGACGUGUCUUUGAAGUUUCCCUGGCUGAUCUUCAGGCUGACACUGAUGCGGAGAGGUCAUUCCGCAAAUUCCGUUUGAUUGCCGAGGAUGUGCAAGGUCGCAAUGUGCUCUGCAACUUCCACGGUAUGGAUCUCACCACUGACAAGCUCAGAUGGAUGGUCAAGAAAUGGCAGACCCUUGUCGAAGCCAACAUUGAUGUGAAGACCACAGAUGGAUACCUUCUCCGAGUCUUCUGCAUUGGUUUCACCAACAAGGAUUCGCUGAGUCAACGCAAGACCUGUUAUGCUCAACAUACUCAGGUCCGCGCCAUCAGAAAGAAAAUGUGCGAGAUCAUCACCCGCGAUGUUGCCAACUCUGAACUCCGUGAAGUCGUCAACAAGCUUAUUCCGGACUCCAUCGCUAAGGAUAUUGAGAAGUCCUGCCACAGUAUCUAUCCCUUGAGGGAUGUUUGCAUCAGGAAGGUGAAAGUACUGAAGAGACCACGUUUCGAAAUCGCCAAAUUGAUGGAACUUCACGGUGAAGGUGGUGGUGGCAAGCGAGGAGAGGUCGGUGACAAGUCAGAACGCCCCGAAGGCUAUGAACCGCCAGUGCAAGAGAGCGUU